GGGGGGGUUUGAUCUCGCGCUACGAAGUUUUCGGAUGUGAAACUGAGGCCGUGCGCGUCGGUUUGAUGACAACUACGACAACGUUAAACGGUUUACAUAGGUGUCUGGGAGGCUGAGAGGGGUGGAGGAGGAUGUCAGGAUAUCCCUAUUCAUACUCCGGUCCAUUAGGUGGCUCUAUGCGCUUCAAGAAAAGAAAGUCUCGCUUCACCUUCCGUGAAGUGCAGCUGCUGCUCACUGAGGUGAAGAGGAAUCGCCACAUACUGGUUGGUAAAUUCAACCAGGGUGUCUCGAGCGACAUUAAGAAACGCACAUGGGCCACCCUCACAGCUCGCAUCAAUGAGAUCAGCGAGUGCCACCGUGAGAUCAUCGAGGUCAUCAAGAAGUGGUCGGACCUCAAGUGCGACACCAAACGCAAAGUGGCGGCCAUGAGGGCCUCUGGCUUUUCUGCAAGCCGCGUUGCCCAGGACCUCUCUCCCAUUGAAACCAUGGUGCACCAGAUACUGCAGAUGCCCGUGCCUGCGGAGAAAAGCAUGCUCAUGGCGAGCCGUCCCCCAGACAAGGACGAGGACAGCCGGGGUGCCCUAGUGGUGCCACUGCAUUCGCCUGGCAUGGCGAAUGGCAGGUUGCUCGCCCAGAUGCUGCCUGUGCAUGUUCCUCCACCUCUGCACCCUGGCACGGCUGAAAAAGUAGACCAGGAUCUGCCACUGCAUGACUCUACAGUGCCUCUUACUGACUUCCACUUUGAACAAUCAGGCAUUGAAGACCAGGGCCCACAGAUCUGUGAAGGACGACGUCAGUCUGAUCCAAGUGCAAUUUUUCAUGACCCUCCCAGCACUGGCAGAGACCGCAUUAAAAUCAAAACCCAGCACCAGGUCCCCAGUGACAUCACGGUUGACGUCGGGAUCCCUUCCUGCGUGCCGCCCCUCCCCUCCUUGUCGAACUCUGGCACCCUACAGGUGCACCUGUCCAAGAGUGCCUCUCUUAGCCUGCAGGAGCAGCAGGCCACCACAGCACUGAUGGGGGCACUGUCGCGCUCGCUUGAGUCGCUGUCGGAGUCUGUGCAGCAGCUGGCUCAGACACAGCAGGAGUUUGCACGCGACACGCUCCGUCUCCAGCGAGACGCGUUGCACGUGCUGCGGGACUUCUCCUCCAGCGCCCUGGCGCUCAUGCAGGACAAGGUGAACGGGCACCCAUAGCAAUGCGUCUCCCUUCACCAUUCUUGCGCCUGCUCAAUCCGUGCACUGCAGAGGAAUGCAGUGGACCAAUCGAACAGUAUGCCUUAGAAGGACAGAACCACAUACUACUAUUGGACCAGGCUUCCCUUACUGUGUCCAGGGAGAUCAUGGUUCUGGAUUCAGAUGCACUCUAAGCCCUGCUUACUGGGUGCAGAAGCCUUUGAAAUAAGGCUUCUCUAAACACCAAUAGAGGAGAGCAGACAGGAAAAGGGGCCAUAGAACAGGUGAAAAGUAGCAUUACUACAGGAAACCGUACCUCAGACGAAUAAAAGCUCAUCAGAGAUGGCUCUAUGCUUUUCAGUAAUGAAUGUUUGGGCCAUUGAUACGACCCAUUUACUUUAAAUUUACAGAGCUUUAUUUAAUGAUGCAAUGCAAUUUAAAGCUAAUUUUAAAAUACUACAGUGGUUUACAUUGAGUGAUAUUGUUAAAAAAUAUAUUUAUCUGAACUUCUCAGACAGUAAAAUAGUCAACAUAUUGAUCAUACUGCCUGACUUGGAUUUUUUUUUUUCUCUCUUUUUGUGCCAGUCAUCCAGUUUGCCAGAGUGAACUUUUCAAUGCUUCCUUCCUGAACUAAAGGUUACCAUUCAGACCUUAAAUACAUGUCUGGACUCUAUAUAGAGAACAUGGUUUGUAGUAAAUGUGCAGUUCUUUUAACUUUCAGUAUGGUUUUUGUAAUUACCUUCAUCUGGUCUCAAUUGUGAUUGACUGUAUUUUCAUUUUUCCUCUCUAGGUCACACUUACCAUAGAAUUUUCAAAUAUAAAGAGGAUUCAUAUGAUACAGCUUCUGCUGUUUUUGGCUGCUCUUCCAGUAAUAAGGAACACUGUUAAAUGUUUUCCUACUGUAAUUCUACUAUAAAGGUUGGAAUAAAUAAAAAUAAACAUCUUGAUUCGAA